AUGACGAGCGCCUUCGACGCCGAGGCCCGACACGCCCUUCAUGCGUCGGACGGUCUCGUUCCACUUGUCCGUCUCUUCCUUGGUCUUGUCAAAAGCAGCUUCACGAUCGAUCUUGUCUUGCAGUCGGGCGGGGAGAGGAGCUGCAAGAGGUCCGGGAGCUUUGAGAUGAGAGUUGGAGGAGGUGGUUGCGCCUGUCGAAGCGGUGGCUUUGAGAGUUUUGCGGAGCGCGACAAGCUUUGGGUUCUUGGACUCAGCGAACGAGGCGAGCAAGUCGUCGAGUUGGACUUUGCCUGUGUGCAUGUUGAGUUUGAUGAGUUCAUGUUCCGGAAUCGAUGACAUAAAGUGACGACUCACCGUCGUUGGCUCCAUCCUUUGCACCGACAGCCACAAAUUCGCCCUCGGGAUAGGCUUCAGCUUUCUCCUUGAGCACGACCCUCUUCUUCUUCUUCCCACUCGCAUUGGGCUCCCCACCCUCCAAAUCAUCAUUCUUUCGCUUCUUGCCCGCUUCGAGUCCCUGGACGAAUGCAUCCAGCUUGUCGAUCGCGCCUUCGUAUUCCGAGUCAUUGUCGUCGGAGUCGACCGAGCUCAUGUCCUCGUCCUCAUCGUCGUUUUCGCUGUCAUCAUCGGAGGCGUCCGAGUCAUAGAGACCCAUGUCGAGCAUCUGAGUAGCAUCAUAGUAGGCCGCAUCGUCAUCAGAAUCGGCUUGCGAGUCGUCCUGGUCUUCGUCGAGGUUGAUCUCAAGCGAUUUCGACUUUGA